GUACGCGAACUGCGCGUCACUGUGAGCGGAAGUGAACAGUGACCAAGAAUAAUUUCCACGUUAUCGUUUUUAUUGUUAUAUAGACGCUUAUUAACACACUGGAACUCAAAAUAUUAAUAAUUUAACUGCACAAUAUCACAUACUUAUCUCAGAUAUUCUUUAAUUCGUGUUGGAGACAGGACUUGGUUGAUAGUUAUCUAAUAGGUAACGCUAUCUAGCUGUUAGCUAACAAUGGCUAACUAUAUGGUUUUUCACACUCAAAUAGCCUCCAUCAUGGAGGUGUUAGCGAAUGCAGCAGUGACAGAGAUCUGUAAACUCGUAGACGACGACUAUGCAGUGCUUCGUUUGGAAAUUUCGCAAAGCCAGAAAGAAAACAGGGGAUUGCGGAGGAAACAACAACUAUUGGAACUGAAGGUGGCACGGGACCGCGCAGAUAGGACAAUGAGAGAGCGCGUCCUCGCCAGUCGUCCCAGUAGUGUCAAGAUCCUCGACCGAUACAGAGGCAUGGCAAGAGGUGAAGGACAUCUCACUGGAGGCCACAGGAGCUUUGUGAAGCCAGCAGUACACAAUACAUGGAGAGAUGACCAACCAAUCACUGUUGAUGAGGGGAGUGGAACCUCACCACAGCACGUUAUCGUGAUAGAGUCUGGAGAUGCAGAGGCAGCAGGUCCUGGGGUCAAGCAGGAAAGGACUGAAGGAAAGGACCCAAGACACAACAGAGACAUCCAGACUGGAGCAGCGGCUGGAGUGGCGCCCCCUGUAGCCACGGAGGACCUCCCCAACGCCGUCGCCCCACAGGCCAGGCCCCGACGCAGCAUCACGGAGGAGGAGGAGGGUCCAGAGGUGCUGCUGGUGAAGGAGGAGGGGUGUGAGGAGGUUCUGGGGAACCCUGAGGGGACCAUGAUCAUGGUGGACAACCAGACUACACCUCCUGAACCCACAGAGGAACCAGCUGAGCAGCACAGGACCACACACAAUCUCACUGAGUCAGUAGACAUGGAGGAUGGGAAGAUUGAUCUGCUGGUAGUCAAAGAGGAGACAAUAGAAGACGAACCAGAGAGCAUUGAUCUGCUGAGUGGACUAAAGAUGGGGGAGCAAGGUGGUUGGCUGGAGGCUAACAGAGGAGACUGGGAAGCCAUCUUGGAUUCCCAGACCCAGACGGGUGCAGCCAAGAGCCCAGUGGACAACGUCAUUGAGCAGGGCAGGACCAAAGGCGACAUAGUGGAGUCUGCAGUCCAUGAGGACCUGCUGAUAUCCAGUGUUGAUGGCGGGAGAGACUGGACCUCUGAAGCAGCUGGUCACAAACCCUGGCCCCAGAUCAGAACCCUGGAUCAGGAGCCGUCGCUCUUCCUUCCUGAGUCACAACCAGGACCAAACCAUGAGGGACAAAGACUCCACCACCACACAGAACACAACCAGUGGACAGGUGGACUGAACAACCUCAGUCCUGGUGGUCAUCAGAGAGACAGAGGCUCCAAUCAGGGAUCCAGUCUGCAGCCCAGACUCUUCUCUUCACAGUAUCAGUGCAGGGAUGAAGCAGGGCCUGGGGUUGAUAGAGAGAGACCAUCCUGUUCCUAUGAUACAAACACCACAGUAUCCAUGAUGAACAGAGCAGCUCUCCCUGGGCUUCAGUCUUCACAGACAGUGGUGGGUGAACCCCCUGGGGGUAUUCUAACAGGAAGUCUGUCUUCUUUAGGGUCUCGUCAAAUGCCUUGCGACUGGGUUCAUGGAAGGCCUGUGCCUGGACCUGAGUCUAGCCUUCCUCAGCUACUUCAGGGUUACCCCAUCAAUACAGACAGGUUCAGGAUGGGCGUUCACAAGACGUACCUAGCCUAUAACACAGCACACAAUGCCAACAACACCCAAACAACGGCUAGAUUUCAAGGAAGGAGCUCAAAGACUAACCACCUGAGGGUGGUGGCUCCUGCUUCUGCCACCUGUGGUGUCAUUGGGUCACAACGUGGGAGGCCGAGUGUUAAGACGGACGCAGACAAGCCAUACGCCUGCCCCACUUGUGGGAAGCGCUUUACUGAGGCGAACUACGUGAAGAAGCACCAGACAGUUCACACCAAGGAGAGGCCCUUCAAGUGCAAAGUAUGUUACAGGAGCUUCUCCUUCCUGAGUAGCCUUAUCAGACAUAGGAGUGUCCACAAUGGGGAGAAAUCGUAGCAGUGUGGCUUGAGAUUUAGACAGAGGACAUCUCGGAACCAUUCUGUAGCUGACAUACAAGGCAUUCGUAAAGUAUGCGGUCCCCUUGACUUUUUCCACAUUUUGUUACGUAACAACAUUCUAAAAUGGAUUAAAUACAUUUUUUCCCUCAUCAAUCUACACACAAUACCCCAUAAUGGCAAAGCAAAAACAGUUUUUUUAGACAUUUAUGUUAAUGUAUUAAAAAUGUAAUAAACGGUACAAUUUUA